GCUUCCUUCUUCUCUUGAACCCCCAUGACCAUGAAGCCUCAAGAUAAUCAAUUUCUACUAUAAAACGCCCAUGUGCGCAAUGCGCACAAACCCCACUCACGCCUCCAUUCACGUCCCCUUCUUACCCGAAUUUUGACGUGUACACCCACAAUCUCCUAUCCUACUGCGUACUACGCACCUCCGCGUAUGCUAAAAAACCUUCUCGGCUUCUCCCCCUCGUUACGCGAUCCCAUACACCUAUCCUUCUUCUUCAUCUUCUUCUUCUUCUUCUCUGUUUUUUCUUUUCUUCUUUCCUCCAUGAUGAAUGUAGAAAAACCCUUGUUUCUGAACAUUUGGGGUGGUUUUAGGAGGCCUUCAUGGCCGGUUUUGCUACUGGUAACGACGGUUAUAGCGGUUUCUUGGCUUCAGAUAACCACAAAAUCUGUCUUACCAAUACGGAUGAUUUUGGGUUCUGAGAAAAUCGGUUUUCCGGAGGACCCACGUAGCUGUUCUGGGUUUUUCCGAGAAGGACCACCGAGAAAGGUUGUGAGGUCGAUAACAGAUUUCGGAGGUGUUGGUGAUGGUCUAACGUCGAAUACAAAAGCGUUUCAGAGGGCGAUACGAUACUUGAAGCGUUUCGGAGAUAAAGGAGGUUCCAAGCUCAUCGUUCCCAGAGGAAGGUGGCUUACUGGAAGCUUCAAUCUAACCAGUAAUUUCACGCUUUUUCUUGAAGAGGACGCUAUUAUUCUUGGUUCUCAGAAUACAGAGGAAUGGCCCGUGAUAGAGCCAUUGCCAUCCUAUGGAAGAGGAAGGGAGAGACUGGGAGGGAGACACAUUAGCCUCAUUCAUGGAGAUGGUCUCACUAACGUUGUCAUUACUGGACAAAAUGGGACAAUUGAUGGUCAGGGGAAGAUGUGGUGGGACAUGUGGUGGAACAGAUCACUUGUGUACACUAGGGGUCACCUGCUUGAACUCCUGAACUCUCACAACAUUCUCAUUUCCAACCUCACUUUCCUGAAUUCUCCCUUCUGGACUAUCCAUCCUGUUUACUGCAGUAAUGUUGUCAUCAAAGGAAUGACUAUUCUGGCUCCCCUAAACGCCCCAAAUACAGAUGGUAUAGACCCAGACUCGAGCAAAAAUGUGUGCAUUGAAGACUGUUACAUUGAGAGUGGAGAUGAUCUUGUGGCAGUGAAGAGUGGAUGGGACCAAUAUGGAAUCGCCAUGGCCCGUCCAAGCACGAACAUUAUAGUGAGGAAGGUGUCAGGUACAACUCCAACAUGCUCUGGAGUAGGAAUUGGUAGUGAGAUGUCUGGUGGAAUAUCAGGUGUACUUGUGGAAGAACUCCAUGUCCGAGACUCAGCAGCCGGGGUGCGUGUGAAGACUGAUAAGGGAAGAGGAGGAUACAUACGCAAUAUCACCAUCACUAACAUAACCAUGGAAAGGGUGAAGGUACCCAUAAGGUUCAGCAGAGGUUCUAAUGAUCACCCUGAUAAGGGAUGGGACCCCAAUUCACUUCCUUCAGUAAAAGACAUUUACAUAAGUAAUGUUGUUAGUGUCAACACAGGAAAAGCACCAGUUCUACAGGGUAUUGAGAAUGCACUAUUUGAAAGGAUAUGUUUGAGAAAUAUUAGUCUAUUGGGAUUAGGUCCUUCAGAAACAUGGCAUUGUGAAUACAUCACAGGUGAUGUUGUUGAGGUAUUUCCAAUGCCAUGCCUGCAGCUUCAGAACAACUCAUUCAGCUGUCCAAAGUUUUGACCUUCAGGGCAUCAUGUACGAGUGAUCACGGUGAGAGAUUUAAGAGGCUUGGGUUUAAUUGGAUAGUCCAAUGGAACUUUCAUCCAGAACCUGGGUACAACUCCCAACAGACCAAGUUUGAUGGUGAUCCCUGCUCGAGCAUGAUCAGAUUGAGUUGAUGCAAACAUGUGCAGGUUGCAUGACAAGGUUGAUAAAUUGGAUUGUAAUGCUGUGGAGAAUUAUUCACGCACCUAAAAGUUCAACUUUCAGUGUCAAACUUUGGUAUGUCUGGCUAAUUUCAUUCUGGAUUGAAUUGGGUGGAUGCGGAGUAUACCUAUUGAUAAGCCAGAGCUUGGACAAGAAAAACAAUCCUCAUUGUUUUCGUUUUUUCUUUUUUUUUUUUUUGAGUGUAUCAAUAUCAAUUUUUUUCGGGUAUAUUUGACAUUCAUCAGUUUCUAUACAGAGAAUUGUAAAUUGUACAGAGGAACUAUAAAUUAAAUUUAUAUAAGGGUUCUUGUUUUUACUUUUCACAAUUGAUCAAUGCUGAUGCCAGAAUUGUAAGCAGAGUAAUGGAACAGAACCGAAAAUCAAAUAAGCCCUUUUUGUAUUUCUGAUGUUUCCUUGGUAUUUAAGUCUUAUUUCGCCAACCAUUUUAUGAUUAAUCACAAGAGAAGACACAUAUAUCAGAUAAUGCCCUACAAGCCUUGAAUGUAGGACGCUGACCAACAAACGAGGAGGUAUGAGGCAGACUAUGUCAUCUGCAACUCUUAUGGCGUUGAUCGUUUACCUGCACUCUCAUAGCAAGAAACAAGUACAGAAGAAAGGAGAAGACAUCUAACAUAACCUAUUUGUAGAGAGCCUUAUACCACUGUACUAUUAUAAAAUGGUUAAACAGUUGAGGUGGAAAUGCUAAGCAUCUGGCAUAGGAAAGUAUACAUUUUCUCUUCAAAAAUAAUGGAUCAAUCAUAAGCAGGCCACUUCCUCUGUCUCCAUCCACACUCUCAGUCCCAGUAAUUCUUUUUGGGUAAUUAACAGAAAACAAGAAGCAAUUGGAACAUGAACGA